CAUGUGUUGAAAGUGUCGUCCAAUCGAUGCGAUUGUCUCACAAAUGAUCGCACAUUUCACUCAUCGAUCACUUCAUUAGAUCCACUCAUGUCUGAAGCGGCGACCAACAGUGAGGAUGUGAUGGAUAUGCUGUCGACCGGCGAUGACAUCGAUAUGACUCAAGAGGAGGAGAGUCUUCUGCUGGACGUGAAGUCGUCGCUCACGAAGAAGUCGAUGGACACGAGUGACCCAAUGGCUCGCAAACCCAUUGUCUUCGACCUCAACGACUCUCAGGAGGACUCGGAUGUGAAUGACGUGAACGAGAGCUCAAGAGAUAAGUUCCGGACGGAGAGGACGACCAUUAAUUUGGUGGCAAAUAAGGGAUCAGUUGAGCGCCAACUGCCCGACUCUUUGGAUGAGAUUGCGGUCGAUUUGGGACAACGGCUCAAGAAUAAGAACCUUCGGAAGCGAAGGAACCGCCAAAACAGACGUAACUUUGGGUUUCAAAGCGACAGACAAUUACCACAAAUGAAUGCAAACCUGUCUUCACGUCUGAAUCGUUUCAAUCAAAACUCAGAUUUACGACAAUUUAUGUCUUCGACGACCGCUCGAAGACAUGCCAUCAAUCAAAGCGCUGUCCUUCAGAAUCAGAUCAUGAAUUUGUCUCAAAUGGUGUCAAACAUGAAUCCACUCAUGAAUUGGCAAAUGGAUUUAGGAAUUCUGGAUCCGAAUCAGCUCUUAGUGAACGCACUCUUAGCCCAAACUCAGACCACUUCGUUGGCCAAUAGGCUGCAAGUGCUUCGGCCGUCACUCACAACGGGUCCCAACUUUGUUCCUCUGAACGCAUCCAAAGCUAAUGCACCCAAAGAUGACAUUCAGAUAACUAUCAUCAACAACAACAACAACCGUCCCCUCAAUACCACAAAGACCUCAACAAAGUCUCAAAUCAGAUGUUUGGUCCCCAAAGACAUCAGUGAUCAGGAAAUAGAGGAAAUCGAUUUGAUUCCAAGAAGUAAGUCAUUAGAUUCGAGUCAUCUGUUCCACGAGAUGGCUGUCAGUGUGAAACAUAACGCCAACACAUCCGGUGGUGAUGUGUUUGUGGACGCGUUGGCUGAGGCGGAGGUUGGCGUCGAUAACGAGUAUUUGGCGAAACUGGAGGAACAGGAGAGGAAGAGACGGGAACUGAAACAACUCAAAGAGCAGAGACGUCUGGAAAUGGCGGACGAAAGGCUCCAAUCGGCGCUCGACUUGAAGAACAAGAUCUCCGCCCGAAAGACAUACUAUUAAUAGUUUUCACACAUUUUUGGACACUUUUUUCGCUCACAAUCUUAUCAUUAAAACUUGAAUUUAAUUAUGACUUCAUUUGAUUUCUAAAUAACAUAUCAUAUUGUUAUCAAUUAUUACGAC